AUGAACGUUCUCCACGCAAUCGUUGUGAUCUUCUCUUUGCUGACAUUUGUAGUGCGGUGGCACUACGUAAUGGCCGACAUCAAAGCGCGUAGCAUCGAGUCAAGAGCCCUUCGGUCAAGUGACAACGUUUACUUCCGUGCUUCACCGCCAGCUGGCGACGGUAUGGUGUGCGCCCGCGGCUACUUCACGCCCCCUAAGUACAAGCGCGACCCAGACAUUUUUCUCGAUAACGAAGAAAUUGGACAGCCACCUCUCUUAUAA